AUGGAUAAAGGACUAUUGACACUGUCGUGGAUUUAUGGCGUUUCACCUUGGAAUAUCAACACAAGCUCCUCUUGCUGCACUAUUCUCGAUUAUGGUCAAAUGCUGAUUAUGUUAUUUUUUUAUCUAACCUGUUAUGCUUUAAUUAAUUUUGGCUUCUUUGGCAUUUAUCAGUUGCCUGAUUGUAAUGGUUUCUGUCGUCUGGGAAAUCAAUUAUUUUUACAUCUUGGUUGUUUAUUAUACUUAACAACACAAUUAUUAGCAAUGAAAUGUCGGAAAAAAUUUUGCAAAAAAUUUGAACAAACCCUUAUUAAUAUCGAUAAAAGUCUGGAAACAUGCCAACUAGACGAAAGAGGAGAAAUGAGCAUGAAUAAGGAUGAAAGUUUUUAUUUUUUGUACAAGAUUAUCAUAACUUUUGGCUUAAUAAUGUUGCUAAUUUAUGAAGUCAGACAGUUAACAUAUUUUUAUGGUCAAUGGUUUUUCAUACCUUUAAUGGUUACAACUUAUCCCUAUUCAGCAGCCACUGUUAUGUUGUUACAAUUUGCUUAUUAUGUUUAUGAGAUUUCUAAACGUCACCAAACAAUAAAUCACUUUUUGGAGCAAAUCAAUCGAGGCAUUAAUAAAACCCCUAAGGGCAUCACACUAGAGAUAUUCAAUAUCGAAACUGAAUUGCAAAUUGCUUCAAGCGAAAAUGUGCAAUUAAAUGAACGACAUGUGAAGCAAACUACUCAUCGUAGUGAGGAGAAUGAUUAUAAUGACGAUUCUAUGCAAUCUUUAGAGUCAAGAACGAAUUAUGCCACAACUGCUUCACUCACUAAAUUGUUUAAAUUGUUUGAUAGCGUACUUUCGUUAAGUGUCCUCACCAACAACGAGUACGGUCCACAUUGUGUUCCAUAUAUGAGUGCAAGCUUUGUCAUUACAAUUUUUUGCAUUUUCUUUCAAAUCAAGAUCUAUCAUGUGGUGGGUGGUAAGAGUCGUUUACUUGACUACAUCGUUUUCAUGUAUUUGUUAUGGAGUUUCGUUACCAUGUUGGUGACCUAUAUAGUUUUAUGUUUAUGCUGCAAUGCCAGCGGCGAAGCUAAACAAACCGCUGUGAUUGUUCAAGAGAUAAUGCGAAAACGACCGGCCUUUAUGCUCGGCGCUGAUGGUAACUACAACGAAAUGAAGUCAUUUUUGCUGCAAUCCUUACACUGGAAAGAAUACUUUCAGUAUAAUGCCAUUGGUUUGUUUCCCUUGGAUUACACUUUAAUAUUUACGAUGAUUAGCGCAGCAACGUCUUAUUUGAUUGUGCUCCUGCAAGUUGACAUUAGUUCUAUACUUCAAACCGAAGGUUUACUAUAA